CUGACGAAUGCCGAGAGGGCCCGACGCCACCUCACAACAAACGUCGAUUGCAACAUUUGCGGUGGGGGCCCGGAGACUGCACUCCAUGUCGUGAGGGACUGCCCGUUUGCGAGAGCCACUUGGGCGGGGAUCCUUGAAGAUGAACCUGAUGUUGAUUUCCUUGAACCCGAGUUACACAGGUGGUCAAUGCAUUAUUUAUCUGGGCGGAGUAAAGUCAUUGAUAGUACCCUUUUUGCAGGCACGUGCUGGCUUCUGUGCAAGAACCGAAAUGAUCACCUGUUUCGAAGCGAGUUGAAAACCCAUGAGCAGCUCCAGUUUUCCACCAAACAGCUGCGGCUUCAACUAACCAAAGCCUUUGAGAAGGAGAGCAAUAUUUUCGGAGAUGGGGGACUCCGAGAGAGGCGGGAUAUUAGCUGGAAGCUUCCGCCGAGUGGUUGGGCCUGCGUCAACACUGAUGGCUUAGCCACUCACUCUCCUGCGAGCACGAGUUGUGGCGGCAUCGUGAGGGGAGACGAUGGCCGGUUUAUCAAAGCUUUCACAACGAACUUAGGAGGGGGUUCGAUCACUCGUGCAGAGCUGGCUGGAAUUGCUUAUGGGUUGAGAUUCGCUUGGGAAGAGGGGAUCAGGAAGGUUGUUCUACAGACAGACUCCUGCACUGCCCGCACCUUGAUCGAGAACGCGACUCCGCAACAUCCUCAUUACUCUUGCAUUGCAGAAAUCCGCCAAUGGCUAGCUCGGCCUUGGCUUGUCAGGAUAGAGCAUAGGCUAUGGAAACAACAAUGGGCGACUCGUUCGCGGCGGGAUGACGGCGACACUGCUUGGCAGAGACGAUUUAUUUCAGGAGAUGAUGCCGCCUUCGGCCGCAGUAUGGAGGAAAACAAGGCGUCGGCGGACUGCGGCGGGAUGGUAGAUGGGGUCCUCGAGGUCUGCCGGAAGAGCCCGCCAGUCUAUCGCGUCGGUUUCUCUUUCUAG